AUGUUUAUACCGGUGACACAUGUUUUAUUUGACAUGGAUGGUUUACUUCUAAAUACGGAAGAUUUAUAUACACUGGGUUUCCAGCAAUUGGCAUCUCGUUUUGGUAAAGAAUUCACAUUUGAAGUGAAGAAGAAGGUUAUGGGCAUGCAGAGUAGAGAAUUUGCAGCCAGUAUAAUAGAUUACAUUGAUCUACCAAUUACUGUCGACGAGUUCUUGAAAGAAACAAGACAAAUAUUCAAUGAAUCAUUUCCGAAUUGCAAGGUCAUGCCUGGAGUAGAGAAAUUACUUCACCAUCUUCAUAAUCACAAUAUUGGUAUGGGUCUAGCAACAAGCAGCAGCAAGGAGACAUAUGAUCUGAAAGUUGUGAAUCAUCAAGAGCUGUUUAAUCUUUUCCCAUACAAAACAUUGGGAUCAUCAGACCCUGAAGUGAAACGCGGUAAACCGUACCCUGACAUAUUUAUUGUUGCUGCCGAGAAAUUUCCAGGAAAACCUUCACCUGAUAAGUGUUUAGUAUUCGAAGACUCGGUUAAUGGAGUCAAGGCUGCAAGAGCAGCAGGCAUGCAAGUUGUAAUGGUACCCGAUCCGCGCUUGGACCAAACGCAAACAUCUGAGGCGACGCUCGUUCUUGAUUCACUAGAAGACUUUAAACCGGAGCUGUUUGGAUUACCACCAUAUGAAAAAUACGUAUAA